UGAAAAAAGAUUCAACGGAAAUAUUCAUCAGCACAGCAGCACAAAGCACAGACGCUGCCACCGAUACAUCCUUUGUGAUAUCUUUUGAUUCAAAGACGCUUCUCGACGGUACAAAUGGGAAAGUAGUUGAAGCAGGAAUUCUUGUUAUGAAGACGAGUGAAACACCACCAACGGACCCUGAAAAUGUGACUGACUGGGACACAUGGAAGAACUGGUAUAUAUGGAAGAACAGUGGGUAUAAGGGUUCUUACCGCCCAACUCCACAACACUACCUGAUGGCAGCUAGGAUAAGGAGGAGUGCUUCUCCAGGGGAGAGUCUUACUUCUUACUCGGUUGGUGUGGAUGAAAACUGCGACAGUGAAAAAGACCAUCUCUGUAAUGGGCCCCUGGAACCAGACACUGCAUAUAUGGUUGUUGCUGUGUCGUGUACCAGUGCUGGAUACACAUCCACUGAGCCUUUCGGUAACUUCAAGACAAAACCAACGUCCAUUGUCGGCGCUGUAGUUGGGGGAAUAGUGGCGGCCGUAGUCGUCAUCGGGGUUGUUGUAGGAGUCCUUGUUCUACGUAGACGCCGCAAAAGGAAGAGUGAGGACAGUGACGACGACGACGAAGAGUCUCAACAUGAGGUCGAGGAAAGUGUCGAUAAGACCCUGCCUAGAAAGAUCACGGAUUUCCACGAGAUUGUGAAGGAUUUAUACAAGGAUUCAAAGCUACUCUUUACCUCAGAAUGGAAGCAACUCGCCGCUGCCACAGUGAAGCAUCCGGCCGAGCAUGCAGUGCUGGUCGGCAACAGAUCCAAGAACCGAUACGUCAACAUUAUGGCGUAUGACCACUCACGGGUGAAGCUGCUUCCCCUUGAUGAGGAUGAAUGUUCUGACUACAUCAACGCCAACUACAUCCCUGGCUACACUUCCCCCCGUGAGUACAUCGGCUCGCAGGGACCCUUGUCACAAACCACUGUGGACUUCUGGAGGAUGAUCUGGGAACAGAAGGCCAUUAUAGUCAUGCUGACUGGACUGACGGAGAACGGAGUGAGGAAGUUGGACAUGUACUGGCCCGAAGACAUGAACGCCCCGUGUCAGUAUGGCGACCUGGUUGUUGAACUGAUCAACAUGUCGCCUCUCAGCAAAUACACCAUUAUGAUCUUCAAGCUCUCGUUGGGUAACGAAACGCGGAACGUGAAACACUUCUUCUUGCCCGGGUGGCACGACUACAACGCCAACCUCAAUGAAGGCGACGUCAUCGACUUCGCACGUUACGUCCGUGCAGAGCUGAAGCCGACAGACGAGGGGCCGAUGUUGGUCCACUGCAGCGCUGGAGUGGGAAGGACCGGGACGUACUUGUGCGUGGACUACUUUAUCCAGGUGAUCGACAACUGCGACAUUGACGACGAGGUCGACAUCUUCUCAUACGUACUCAAGAUGCGUAACAAUCGACCAUUCAUGGUCCAGUCAGAGAAGCAGUAUGUGUUCAUCUAUGAUGCUGUCAAGGAGAUGAUCGACAGGAAGAAGAAGAUGCUGAUGGGGAACAGGAGGAAAACAUUUACCAGAACCAAAGGAUUUGGUGAGGUUCAAGAAAACUUCUAG